AUGGACAAAGUCCAAGAACAAGCAGAGUUGAUCGGAAAGAAGCUAACUCCGUUUGUAGCUUCACAACCAACAAGCAGCAUCGUCGGAGGAUUAAAUGAUCAGAAAACCACCGUUGGAGGACAAUCAACUGAUCAGAAAACCACCGGUGGAGGAGGAUCAAAUAAUCAAAAAACCACCGGUAGAGGAGGAUUAAAAGAUCAGAAAACCACCGGUGGAGAAGGAUUAAAUGAUCAGAAAACCACCGGUGGUUCUCAGAAAACACAACCUCCAACAACAUCACCUCCUUCUCCUCCAUCACCGGACAGUGGUGGCGGCGACGGUGGCUCACAAUCACCUCCUCCACCGGUAGUAACCGUUUCUCCACCACCUCGGAACCAAACUCAUAACACAACUUCACCUCCAACGCCUCCUUCCUCGCCUCCACCUUCUAUAACUCCACCACCGUCACCUCCUAAGCCUCAACCUCCGCCUCCAGCCGGAGACUCUCCCGUGGUGACUCCUUCUCCAAACCCUCAAGUUCAACUUCCUAUUCCUCCUCCCACCUUAGUUACUCAGCAACCUACUAUAACCGGCUUAAAACUACCCAACAACCCUAUUUUUAAUCCCUCUCCGCCUUCUACUCCUUUAUCUCCGCCGUCACCCGAUCAUCCCGGUAGCCAAGGAUCUCCACCGUCAUCUCCAUCGCCUCCCGUUGUCUCUCUAACCCCUAAUGCUCCAAGAAACCCUUCACAGCCGUUGGAUUCACCACCGGCAGCAGGAGGAACAAACCAUGUUCCCUCCUCGUCUUCUUCGCCGUCUCAUCCUAAUAAUGCUGGAGGUUCUAGUAGACAUAAUGCGAAUGGUAAUAACGGAAAUGGUGGUAAUGUACAACAACAAAACAAUGAUUCUAACUACACGGAGAAGACAAUGAUAGGGAUUGGGAUCGCUGGUGUCUUGGUUAUUGUAUUCGUUGCUGCUAUUUUCUUUGUUAGGAGGAAACAGAAUAAAUCUUCUUCGCCUCGGUCUAACCAGAACUAUUUGCCACCGGCUAAUGUCUCUGUUAAUACAGAUGGAUUCGUUAACUACAGGCAAAAACCUGGAAACGGGAACAUCUCGGCGCAGAACUCUUCACCAGACACUAACAACAGUUUGGGGAAUCAAAAACCAGGUAGAUCAUCAACACCUGACUCGGCAGUAUUAGGAAAUUCAAAGACCCUUUUCACAUUCGAGGAGCUAAGCCAAAUAACAGAAGGAUUUAGCAAGAGAUUUGUCAUUGGAGAAGGUGGCUUUGGCUACGUCUACAAGGGUAUCAUUUGCGAGGGCAAGCCAAUCGCGAUUAAGCAGCUAAAGUCCAUCAGCGCAGAAGGAUAUAGAGAGUUCAAAGCUGAAGUAGAGAUCAUAAGCAGAGUGCAUCAUAGGCAUUUAGUUUCUCUUGUGGGUUAUUGCAUCUCUGAGCAACAUAGAUUCCUUAUCUAUGAGUUUGUCCCCAACAAUACUUUGGACCACCAUUUACACAGCAAAGACUUACCGGUUUUGGAAUGGACUAGACGAGUCAAGAUUGCAGUUGGCGCAGCCAAAGGACUUGCUUAUCUACAUGAAGAUUGUCAUCCGAAGAUUAUCCAUAGAGACAUCAAAUCGUCAAAUAUUCUAUUGGAUAAUGAUUUCGAAGCUCAGGCAAAGUCAAUACUUCAUUUGGUUGCAGAUUUUGGACUCGCCAGACUAAACGAUACAGCACAGUCCCACAUAUCGACACGAGUCAUGGGCACAUUUGGGUAUUUAGCGCCAGAAUAUGCAUCAAGCGGGAAGUUAACGGAUAGAUCAGAUGUGUUUUCAUUUGGAGUUGUGCUACUAGAACUCAUCACCGGUCGCAAACCUGUUGACACCUCUCAACCUAUGGGUGAAGAAAGUCUCGUUGAAUGGGCACGUCCGCGGCUAAUCGAGGCCAUUGAAAAAGGUGACAUCAGCGAAGUAGUGGAUCCACGGCUUGAAAUGCAUUACAUUGAAGGAGAAGUCUAUAGGAUGAUUGAAACUGCUGCGUCUUGUGUUAGACAUUCAGCUCUAAAACGGCCGCGUAUGGUUCAGGUUGUGAGAGCUUUGGACACGAGAGACGACAUGUCGGAUCUGUCAAAUGGAGUAAAAGUAGGUCAAAGUACGGUCUAUAACUCUGGUCAAUACAGUACUGAGAUUCGUAUGUUCAGAAGAGCAUCUGAAGAUUCAACGGAUUACGGUACUAGUAAUGGUUACUACACGAGCCAAGACUUCACAAGUCGUGAAUCCGAAAGAGCCUUCAACACAAGUCACCGACCAAACUACUAA